AUGGAGCCAUGGCUGCUGGGGCCUCCGCCUGAAUACUCCGUGGACCUCCAUAAGCCAGACGAGUUCCAUCAUACGACUCCUGAACAGGAGCAGGAACUGGGGAAGAAGCAGGGGUUGACUUCAGACGGAACACACCGAGACGUUUGUAGUCAGCAGGCUGGAAAUCACCAGUGGCGAACCGUCAGGGCCUUCAAGGAGCGCCUGCAACAGUACUAUCACACGAGGGCGGCUCUGGCUCCAGGACAGAUCCGGAGGGCUCAGUCUCUGGCGCUGGACAUCUGCACGGAGAUCCAGGGCUUCCUGCACAGCCGCCUGCCCGACAUGCCGCUGGGAGAAAUGAACCUCGGAGGAUCUCUUCUGGACGACCUGCAGGUGGUGAGUGCGGACCAUGCCUGUCUGCUGGUGCCUCUGCAGCUGGAGGCCUCUCUGUGGCGCCUCGUUCCGGGGGAGGAGACGCUGCUCACUCACCCGCUGCACUGGAUGGUCCGACGGGUCAAUCUGGAGUAUUUUCCCAGAGGGCGCAGCUACUGGGACAGGUACCUGGUGGGGGGUUACCUGUCAGCAGAAGCUGUGGUGAACAUGUUCAGUAAAGCUGUCAUGGAGACGAUAAACUGGCCGUCCAUCAGCAGCACUCUGGACUGCCUCGUCAGACCGGUGCUGGGAGGACCCGACCUGAAGCUGGAGAUACGGCCUUUGGAUGAAUUUGGGGCAGAGACCGGGGAUGAGCCCCUGUUCGUCUCCAUGCUGCCUCUGCUGAGGGAGGGGGACGUGGUGCUGAGCGCCCAGACGGAGCUCACCUCUCCCUGGGUCAACGCCUGGCACCUGUCCCUCUACCCCUGGGAGAACCAGCGUCUGUCUCAGCUGGACACCGCUGACGGGGGACGCCGCAGACAAACUCUCAAAAUCCUGAAGGCGGUGUGCAGACUGAACCCCGCUCUCCGGCCGCUGGAAGCCGCGCCGCUCUCCAACCUCAUCCUGCACCUCAGUGACGGGGAGAGCGACUGGUCCGAGAGCAGCCUGCACGCUCGCUUCCAGCAGUGCAUCACGGAGCUGAUUGGCUACCUGGAGAACGGAGCGCUGCACAGUUACUUCAAGCCAGCGGUCAACCUGCUGAGCGGCCUGUCAGAGGACCAGGUGGACCAGAUGGGCUUCAUGCUCUACUGCUCCAUCACAGAGCCCGAAAUACUGCUCAUAUAACUGUCUGCCCAUACAGCACUUUACACCUCUCUGACACACACAGAUCAGAGGAGGAAUCAUCCAAAAUGUUGUGUUAUGCCCUCUGCCUACUCACGUUGUUCCUCCGUCCUGCUUUGACGCAAACCAACAGGGUACAGUUGGAAAAUGGCCGGCCUGUUAGAGGAGGAGAAUCUACAUGAAGACGGAUGUGAAAGUGAUAAUAAAGCUGAACAAACCACUCCGAGGAAAGGAGACGUGCCAAGAAAAAGGAGCAGAGGAAGUGUUUAUCAGAAUGUUUGAAACUGUUGCCAGGCUUUCAUCCAAAUGUAUCGCAAAUCCUAAACGAAUUUCCAGAAAAUCAUCAAAAGAAAAACCCAAGUCCGUGUUUCCUUUUGUCCACUACUGAUAUUCAGGAGUUGGUUCAGAGAGAUAAGCCAAUUCAAAAACAAUUAUACUGUUGCAGAAGAAGAGGGCGCAACAAGAUGGCAGGACAAUGGAAGUGGCGCCAGUCCGACCUGAACAGGAAGUCAAUGGAAAUAUGACAUUUGUUCUCGUUUCACGUAUCUAUGUGAGGACGAUACAUCCGAUCGGUGAAGCCUGUUUUAAUCGGCCGCAAUAAAUCAUUUCUUCAGCCGAGCAAAAGCAUCAGUGGACUUUGAAGUCCCAUGCUUCAUGAACAUCAUCAUUUAUUCGCUAAGUCUGUUUCUAUCGCACUUUGUCUGAGUUUGCUCCAACUUUUCCAUCUCAGCCAACAGUAAAACCUUUUUUGCAAUACUUCAGGAUUUUUUUUUUUUAAUUCUCUUUGUUUCCCCUCAGGUUUUUAAGCGUCAAUAGAAAUUGCUUAUGAAAACAGAUUGAUGGAAACGCAGGAUGUGCCUGAUCAUAACAACACGCAGCCAAGUCUGCAUUUGAGUUUGUGGUAUUAUUAUUUUACAGUGAGUCAGUGAUGGGCCAUGAACAGCUCAUUAUACAAAUAAGCAACAGAGGACAUGUUAUGCUUAAGUGCAUCUUUCUAACCUCUAACUCAUGAAGUGUGCUCGGCAUUAGUUUCCUAAUUAUCUAAUAUAUUCUAAGUAAUAAUGACCUGCUAAAAAAACAGGUUUUAAUGCACUUAUUAAAUCAUUCAGUCCAUCUGUGUUGGACUUAUUUAACACAAAGUGUAUAUUUUAUUAUCCUGCAGGUUGAGGUGUGCAGUAUUUGUUUGUCUUGUUCAUUGUUCAGUCUGUUGCCAAUCUCGCUUGGGUGAUGACCCUUUAAGUUAUGAGAAAAAUCGCCUAAUAAUGUUAUGUAGUUGCUUUUAAACACUGUAUGAAUGUUUCUGGUCAUUUCUUCAGUUAUAUAUUUUCUUGCUGAGUGAGAGAAAAUAGAUUUUUCUGUGAUUGAACAGUGAAACUGCAAAUAAAAAUGAAAUCAUAUGAUUAGAUUCUCACAAAGUU